AUGCUAGAAGAACUUGAUUCGUGUGUCCGCGAAUACUCAGCCUAUCUUGUUGAGGAAUUGGCUUACCGAGAAGAGUUGGAUUUUGAACAAGAGCAAAAGGACAUCUUUAUGGCUCGCUUGGAUGAACUUCACAGUCGCCUAGACCGAAGGCAUCGAAGAGCCAGCAUGCCAUGCAAUCACAUCUUAGAUGCCAUUUCCUUCAAAAAAGCCCAUUUUUCACCCAUUGCUAACCAAAAUUUCCUCUUUCUGCCAAAUAUUUCCGAUAACUAUGAAAAGGAUAAUGUUCCUCCUGUCGUGUCCGGCUCUUCUGUGCACACUGCUGCACAAGCAGCAGUAAAUGUGGCUUCUGCUGCAGCCUCGGCAAUGCGGCGUAAGCUCAGAAUGAGCAGAAGUACUGAGGAUGCCUCUCGAGAUAUUGCAAAAUUGUCGGCUGGUGACAGUGGCCAUCGAAUUAGCGGCUUCCAAGAAAGUGAUCCUGAAGCCUUGGAACUGAUAGAUCAUACACACCAGCUAACAGAAGAUGAAAUGCUUCUUUCUGAAGAGCACCACUGCUCGAUAUCUUCAGGGGUCACACGACCAUCCAGGGCUAUCUCAUUCUUAUCUGGGCCGCCUAUGUUUAUUCUUUUCAAUAGCUACUAA